AUGGGUUCCGCAGAUCUCCCGACCAAGAUGAAGGCACUCAGAUAUGAGGAGCCACAGAAAUUCGGCGUCGUCGAGGUCCCUCUUCCCAAGCUUCGUGACAACGAUAUCCUCCUCAAAGUGAAGGCAUGCGGUGUGUGCGGAACCGAUCUGCACAUCCACGAUGGAGAAUUUUUGGCCAAGUUCCCCUUGAUACCCGGCCACGAAACCGUCGGUGUCGUUGCCGCCCUGGGCUCGAAAGUGAAGGGCUUCAGUGUCGGCGACCGGGUGGUGGCCGACAACUCCGAGCUCUGCGGGGAAUGCUUCUACUGCCGUCGUGGCGAGGAGCUCCUCUGCGAAGACUUCCAGGCCCAUGGCGUGACCAUGGAUGGUGGCUUCGCCGAGUACUGCGCUUACCCAGCGAAGCGGGUGUUCCCGAUCAAGAACCUGUCCGACGUGGAUGCCACUCUGCUUGAGCCCGCUUCCUGCGCGGCUCACGGCUUGGACAAGAUCGCUCCCAAGAUGGGCUCGAGUGUGCUCAUGUUCGGCGCAGGACCCACAGGGCUUGUCUUGACCCAGAUGCUCCGUCAAAAUGGCGGGUGCCACGUUGUCAUUGCCGCUCCCGAAGGGCUGAAGAUGAACCUCGCAAAGUCCCUGGAUGCUGCCGACGAAUAUGUCGAGUUAUCCCGAAAGGAUCCCAGCGCACAAUUCGAGAAGAUCAAGAAAGAAAACCCAUACGGGUUCGACAUCGUGGUUGAGGCGACGGGCAGUGUCAAGAUCCUGGAGGACGCGAUCAACUAUGUCCGCAGGGGAGGCAAGCUCGUGGUAUACGGCGUGUACGGCAACGCAGACCGCGUCUCGUGGCCACCCAGCAAGAUCUUUGGUGAUGAAAUCACUAUCCUGGGGUCCUUCAGCGAGACAUACAAGUUCCCGGCUGCCAUUGACUACCUCGACAAGGGCAAGGUCAAGGUUGCCGGCAUUGUCAAUAAGACGUUCAAGCUUGAGCAAUGGGCCGAAUGUUUGGAGUCGAUGAAGAACAAGAGUGCCAUCAAGGCUGCAAUCGUGUUCGACUAG